GCCGUUGUUAGGGUUUUAGGGUUUAGGCCUUCAGUCUCCUUCUCCUCUCUGUAAAAGUAGCGAUCUUUAGGUUGCAUUUCAGCUAGCAGAGCUCCUCUACGAUUAAUCGCCAUGUGGGCACUUCGCCGAGCUUCUUCUUCCCUCAGGAAGCAAGGAUUGAACAUACAUAAUACUCGGAUUAUGUCUCCUGGAUUGGGUAUAUCAAAUCGUUGCUUAGAAGACUGUGAUUCUGGAGUUUGUGGGCCUGCUAAAGCGGUAACUGAUAGGUUUCUAUCUUUAAGAAAAUUUCAGAAGACAGCUCAUAGUUCACCUGCGGCACUCUGGGGAAUUCGCAGCUUCACUUCACAGGCAGACACAAAGAGCAGUGGAGGGGAAGACGAUGAGCUGGAUGGGUUUUCUGAUCUUGAAUCUCCUGCCACAUCUGGAGCAAUCCAAAAGGACAUUGCAGAUAAUAAUGAGGACUUAGUCUCCGAGUCAGACCUCUCUGAAGAGGAUAUUAAUGAUGACGUUAAGGACUUAAUAAACUUAUCGGACACUGAAGCUGAAAUCAGUGAGAAAAAGUCUCCCAGGAAAAGAAUUACAUCAAAAAUUUUCAAGGCAAUUUUGGAUAAUCCAGCAUCAUCUGUUAGUAAUGUCAUGAAUAGAUGGGUGGAGGAAGGAAAUGAAGUUACCCGCUUAGAAGUGGCAGUGGCCAUGAUUAAUCUUCGUAAAAGGCGUAUGUUUGUAAAAGCCUUGCAGUUGUCUGAGUGGUUGGAGUCUUCAAGGAAGAUUGAUUUUGCUGAGAGAGAUUUUGCUUGUCGUGUUGAUUUAAUUGCCAAAGUCCGUGGUUUACAAAGAGCAGAGGCUUAUAUGCAGCAUAUUCCAUCUAGUGAAGUUGUUUAUCGAACUCUGUUAGCUAAUUGUGUUUCUGCAGUCAAUGUGAAAAAAUCAGAAGAGGUAUUUAAUAAAAUGAAGCAACUUGAGAUGCCAAUUACAUGCUUUGCUUACAACCAGUUGCUUCUUCUAUACAAAAGGACUGACAAGAAGAAGAUUGCUGAUGUUCUCUUACUAAUGGACAAAGAAAAUGUGAAGCCAAGUCUCUUUACAUACCAAAUGUUGAUUGAUACCAAGGGCCAAGUCAAUGAUAUAGAAGGCAUGGAACAGAUUGUAGAGACAAUGAAAGAUGAGGGGUUGGAACCUGAUAUCCGUAUAAAUCAACUCUUGGCCAAGCACUACAUUGCUGCAGGUUGCAAUGAAAAAGCCAAGGUUGUAUUGAAGAAGAUGGAAGGAGGGAAUAUUAAGGAAAAUCGUUGGGCAUGCCAAAUUUUACUCCCACUCUAUGCUUCCCUUGGCAUGGCUGAGGACGUCAGCAGACUCUGGCAAGUUUGCAAAUCCAAUCCAAAGGUAGAUGAGUGUGUGGCCGGCAUUCAAGCCUGGGGAAGUUUGAAGAAAAUUGAGGAGGCAGAAGAUGUCUUUGAUAUAUUGGUAAACAAAUACAAAAAGGCGAAAAAUCCCGUCUCAAAAGGUUAUUAUGCUUUAUUGAGUGCUUAUGCAGAUAAUAAGAUGUUGGUCAAAGGAAAGGAGCUUGUGAAGCAGAUGGGAGAAAGUGAUUUCCCCGUUGGGCCACUAACUUGGGAUGCAGUUGUUAAGCUUUAUUGCAACGCUGGAGAAGUGGAAAAAGCCGAUUCUAUAUUGAAAAAGGCUGGAGAGAAGGGCCAAAGAAAGCCAUUGUUGAGAUCUUAUAUUACUAUCAUGGAGGAAUACGCGAAGAGAGGCGACAUACAUAAUUCUGAGAAGAUAUUCCACAGAAUGAGACAGGUCGGCUACACAUCUCGUCUUAAACAGUUCCAAACACUCAUUCAGGCCUAUAUAAAUGCCAAGCUUCCUGCUUAUGGGAUGAGUGAGAGAUUGAAGGCUGAUAACAUAUUCCCAAAUAAAGCAUUGGCUGGCAUGUUGGCUCAGGUUGAUGGAUUCAGAAAGACAGCAGUGUCAGAGAUAUUGGAUUGAUCAUUUACAUUUACAUGUAGGUUUAUUGAGAACUGUUAUUAUGAUUUUGCAGUGUUUGGACUUGAGAUGUUUAAUAUGUUUCAUGUUUUUCCUGCAAGAAUCUGAUCACAUAAUUUUACUGCCUAGAAACUACAAAAGUUGAGGGUGAAACUCUAUGGUAUCAUCAAAGCAUGAUUUUAUUAAGUGCA